AUGGCUCAGUCAUCCCGCUCAUUACCGCUACCCGCGAAAAGUGAUCGACAGGAUUUUGAAUUGGAUCUCAGUCUUAUGGACAGUCUCGUUCCUAACAAGUUCCAAUCCGAUAACGCUGAUGCGACUAUUGAAGGUGUUAUGAGAGAUAUCAAGCACGCGCCGUUGCUAUCGGCCCCUGUGGUCGCUCAGCACGUGAAAGACUUGGUCCCGCAAUUCGGCUUCAUCGGUAAUCACCGGGACGAAGCGGGACAUGCCGUUAAGCUGUUCUACAACACCAAUGUGCCUUUGUCCGCAUUCAUAUGCGGUGUUCAAGGAAGUGGUAAGAGUCAUACUACAGCUUGCUUGCUCGAAAAUGCUUUGAUUCCAUCCAAGAACCUCGGCCGUUUGGAAGCGCCUGCUUCUGCAUUAGUCUUCAGCUAUGGAAGUUGGAGCACUGGCGGAGCAGGUUUCAGCGUCAGUGAAGCUGUGCAUCUGGCUCGUGCGCAGCCCGAAUAUCCUGGCCAAAACGAUCCCUCUCGUAACAUCCGCGUGAUUCCAUUCAGACUCAACGCCCGGGCUCUCGACAUCACCGGUUUGCGUGCACUGAUGGGUAUUGGAGAUAAGAGCCCCCCACUCUACAUGGGCCAGGUCGAAAUGGUACUCAUGAAAAUGUCAUCCGCGAGCAAAGAUGGACGACUCGACUACAAGUUGUUCACCAAAGAAGUUAAGCGGAUAGAUCUAAACGAUGCACAAUCGCAAGCCUUGAAACAACGUUUAGCGAUGCUUGAGUCCUUCCUCGAUCUGGACGGCAAGGCGGCGGAGCCAGAGUUUCUUCCAGGCGAGAUGAUUAUCAUGGAUCUGUCCGAUGCUUUCAUGUCAUCGAGCACAGCCUGUGUUCUCUUCAAGCUGGGCUUGGACCGCUUUCUGGAAUCUCCUGUCAAGAGUAAGAUGGUAGUGUUGGACGAAGCGCACAAGUACAUGUCCGAUAGUCCAGGAUCCAAAUUUCUCGCAGACAGUCUCGACCACACGAUCCGCUUCCAGCGGCACUUGGGUACCCGUAUGAUCAUUUCUACUCAAGAACCGACCGCGUCCACAGAUCUUAUUGCGCUUUGCAACAUGACCGUCAUUCAUCGCUUUACGAGCCCUACCUGGUAUGCCGCACUCAAGAGACAUGUCAGCGCCCUUGACAGCAACGACGACAAGGCUCUCAUGCAGCGGAUCGAGGGAUUGGAAACCGGAGAAGCGCUUGUGUACUGUCCGAGCACUGUACUCGCGAAGAAUGACGACGGAAGUUUAGAAAAGGCUACGGGCCAACUGCUUAAGAUCAACAUUCGGAAAAGGAUAACGGAAGACGGUGGCGAGUCGAUCAUGGCCGUGUGA